AUGAACACGGCUCACAGCGACGUGCCAUCAUGGCCAUGCAAGGCAGGUAUCGAGCCACCUAGAAACGGUUCGGGCAGACAGUGGUCUUUCUCCAUCAUCGCCGCAUCUCUGCGAAAGGGACGAGAUGAGGUGAGCGGGACGGCCCGCUCACGGGGACUCGACCCGGCGGGAGCGGAGCCCACCGCGCUUCUUGAUGGGGAGGGGGGUCGCUCGUGGGACCAGGGUCGGAUCGGACCUAAGGGUCACGAUCUCGGCAAGGCGCUUGCGGCUUUCCCCAGAUGGCGCAAUUAUGGGGACCUUGGCGCGAUGGCCGAAGAAUUGCGCAACGACAGGUCUCAGAAGAGGCUCGGACUUUGA